UUUUUUUUAAUAUAGUACAAUUUUUCAUUCAACAGGUGGUUCUGUGUGGUCUAUUUGAACAUAUUUAUUGAGGGUGUGCUUUUACUUUAAGAAUUUCAAACUUAUCGUUUUUCAGAAGUCCAUUAUGUCGAAAGCAGCUUUGAAAGAUUUUGCCGUGCAAUUAUACAAAAUUGACGCCAUAAAAUUUGGCAAUUUUAAAACGAAAGUGGGGUUAUUUACGCCGGUUUAUUGUGACUUGAGAGUGAUAGUAAGCUACCCCCAACUUAUGAGUGCUUUGGCGGACUUGUUGAUACCCAACAUAAAUUCUGAAGAAAUUGAUAUACUGUGUGGUGUCCCUUAUACUGCUCUACCUAUAGCAACUGCCAUAUCACUGAAGGCCUCGAUUCCCAUGGUAAUGAGACGCAAGGAAGCUAAAGAUUAUGGCACAAAAAAACUCAUCGAAGGGGUAUUUAAACAGGGGGACAGAUGUCUUAUAGUUGAAGACGUAGUUACAUCUGGAAGUAGCAUAUUAGAAACUGUUAAGGAUCUUAAUAGGGAGGGGAUUAAAUGUAGGGAUGCGAUAGUUUUGUUGAAUAGAGAACAAGGUGGUGAAAAACAUCUUGAAAGACAUGGAAUAAAAAUGCAUGCAAUUUUAACCCUUACUGAGCUCAUUAAGUAUUUAUUUGAAGAGAAAUGUGUAGAUCAGGAAAUGGUGGACAAAGUAAAAAAUUACAUCACAGAAAAUCAAGUGAAUGAAGCGGUCUUAGAGAAACCUGUUAUUAUAAGUCGGGUUAAAAUGCCCUUUACAGAGAGAUUGAAACUCGCCAAAAACUCAGUCGCAUCCAAACUUUUCGACAUAAUGUCAUCAAAACAGACCACUCUUUGCCUCGCAAUAGAUCUUACUAACUCUACAGCUAUUCUCAAUAUGGCUGAAGAGGUCGGGCCUCACAUCUGCGCCCUAAAGACCCACAUUGAUAUAAUGGAAGACUUUCAUUCAAAUUUCAUACCCCCCUUAAAAGAUAUAGCAGAGAGACACAAUUUUCUCCUGAUCGAGGAUCGAAAGUUCGCCGACAUUGGAAAAACUGUCGAAUUGCAGUAUAGCAAAGGUCUAUAUCAAAUCUCUUCAUGGGCCAGUUUGGUGACGGCUCAUUCGAUAAUGGGCAAAGGGGUUAUAGACGGGCUUAAAUUAGCCCCUGGUCUCACAGAACGCGGAGUAUUUUUACUGGCGGAAGCCAGUUCCGCGGGUAAUCUCAUGGCUGAGUCAUAUUCAAAAGAAACGGUCAAAUUGGCAACAGAACAUUCCGAUGUGGUCGCCGGGAUUGUCUGUCAGAAUCCUCUGUUUCUCGAUCAGCCCGGUUUGUUGCAGUUGACGCCAGGCGUUAAAAUUGAAACGGCGGGCGAUGGCCUCGGACAACAGUACAAUUCGCCAGAACAAGUGGUGUUGGAAAGGGGAGCGGACGUUGUAGUUGUAGGCAGAGGAAUUACCGAAGCGAAAGAACCGGCAACCGCAGCAGAAUUGUACAAAAAAAUCCUGUGGAAAGCGUAUAGUCGCCGCGUCGCGAAAUGAACUAGUUUAUGUAUUCUGUGAUAUAGUAAUACAUUUUUUAUUUAAUUUUUAUAA